ACGUCUGUCUAGGUUUCAAGUUGCAGAAAUUUAAAGCAGCGGCUGGCACGCUUCUUUUUGUUUUCAACUUCACAGCUUGCUUCGUUUCCAAGUGAUGAUGAAAAAGGCGUUGAAAACCCCCCCAUCCACCAUUAUUUCUUCCUCCACACGUCCCCGUUUUAGGGUUUCUUUUGUCUCUUCGUCCUUGUUUUCAGCUUCUUCCUUAUAUGAUCACUAGUGUCACUGCUUCCCUGCAGCAUAGCUAGGAAUGGUGGCCGUGACUUUGCCCAAAUGGGCUUGCUUUAUCUUCAUUAUUACUUGUUCUUAUUUUGUUCUCGGAAUCUCUACCCAAGCUUGUGAUCACAAUGACUUACAGGCUCUACGGGGAUUUGCAGCAAAUCUAACAAAUGGGUCUUUUAUUUCAUCAUGGUCAAAUGAAUCCCUUUGUUGUCAAUGGGAAGGAGUUGAAUGUGAGCGUUUCGGUAAAAUUAGAAGAGUUUCCAUCUUGAAUCUGUCUGGGAAAGGCUUAACAGGCUUGAUUUCACCCUCUUUGGGUCGUCUUCAUCGACUGAAGUUUCUUGAUCUCUCUCUGAACCAACUCAAAGGGGAAUUGCCACCGGAGAUUUCCAACUUGACCCAUCUGAGAAUUCUUGAUUUCAGCCACAACACGUUAACAGGACCCAUCUGGAGGUCUCUCGCCGGUUUAAACUCCAUUCGAAGCUUCAACAUUUCGAGCAAUUCGUUCAGUGAUGAUAUGUCGGGAUUUGGGGGGUACCCGAAUUUGAUUGCGUUCAAUAUGAGCAAUAAUUUGGUGACAGGAAGGUUUAAUCCCCUGCUCUGCGGCAAGACAAUCCGUGUUCUUGAUUUGUCGAUGAAUCAUCUUACCGGCGAGUUAAACGGGCUGGAGAAUUGUAACUCCACGUUGGAACAACUGCAUAUGGAUUCCAAUGUCUUAUCAGGCUUUAUUCCAGAUUCACUGUUUUCAGUUUCGCGAUUACAGCAAUUCUCCAUCUCCUGUAACAACUUCUCCGGCGGGAUAAACCAGAGGCUAAGUAAGCUUUCCAGUCUUAAAACAUUUGCCAUUCAUGGAAACCAUUUUUCAGGUCUUCUUCCUGACGUGUUUGGAAACUUAACUAGAUUAGAACAUCUCACUGCUCAUUCAAAUAUGUUUUCCGGGUUUUUGCCUUCCAGUCUUAGCCUUUGCUCCAAGUUGAUAACCUUGGACCUUAGGAAUAAUUCUCUAAUGGGUGAAAUCCAUAUCAAUUUCUCUAAAUUGACCCAUCUCUCUACUCUUGAUGUUGCCUCCAACCGUUUAUCAGGUCCCUUGCCCGAUUCCCUGUCGAAUUGUCGCGAAUUGAGGGUGUUGAGUUUGGCCAAGAACGAACUAACAGGACCCAUACCCGAUUCCUAUGCAAAUCUCUCAUCGUUGUUCUUUCUUUCGUUAUCGAACAAUAGUUUUGUCAAUUUAACCGGGGCAUUGUCUGUAUUACGACAUUGUAGGAACCUCACCACUCUAAUUCUCACUAGGAACUUCCACGGUGAAGAAAUCCCGAAUAGUAUGGAUGGGUUCAAAAGCUUGAUAGUUUUAGCUAUGGGGAAUUGCGGUCUUUAUGGCCAUAUACCUGUUUGGUUAUCUAGCUGCCAUAAACUACAGGUCCUUGACCUUUCAUGGAAUCGUUUGAACGGUAGCAUCCCUUCUUGGAUCGGGGAUAUGGAUAGUUUAUUCUAUUUGGACUUCUCAAACAACUCCCUAACCGGAACAAUCCCAAUUCGUUUGACUGAGCUCAAAAGCCUGGUUUCUUCCAACAGCAGUUUAUCGACUCUUUCUAGUGCCACGGGUAUUCCUCUGUACGUCAAAAGGAACCAAACUGGUAGCGCUUUGCAGUACAAUCAGGCCUCGAGCUUCCCUCCGUCGAUCUAUUUGAACAACAACAGAAUAAACGGGACGAUUCCUGAAGUCAUUGGACGGUUGAAACAGCUCCAUGUGUUGGAUCUUAGCUGGAACCAUAUCGGGGGCACCAUCCCUAGCUCUAUAUCAGAUAUGGAAAAUCUUGAAGUUCUGGAUUUGUCGAAUAACGGGCUUGAAGGUUCUAUACCGGCAUCGUUUAGCAAGCUCACGUUCUUGUCGAUGUUUAAUGUGGCGGAUAACAAUCUUAGUGGUGAAAUCCCAACCGGGAACCAAUUCUCGAGCUUCCCAUCCUCUAGCUUCGAGGGUAAUCCAGGACUAUGUGGGACAAUGGAUUUUCCUUGUCUUAGAGGUGUGAGACCGUCUAAACCAAAACCGGAGAAUAAUAAUCGAAGAGGGAGUAUUUUCGGAAUAUCAAUCGGGGCGGGGAUCGGGAUUGCACUUUUGCUGUCUGCCUUGUUGUUUAGCAUGAGGAGAAAGAAUAAUGUGGCUGGUGAUCCGAUUGGUGAUGAUUUUGAAGAGGAAACAGACAGGCAAUCGACAAUGAACUCGAAGCUUGUGCUUUUCAAUAGCCCAACGAGCGAUCUCACGAUUCCGGACUUGUUGAAAUCUACAAACAAUUUCAGCCAGGCUAAUAUAAUAGGGUGCGGAGGAUUCGGCCUCGUGUACAAAGCGAAUCUUCCAAACGGAUUGAAAGUGGCUGUCAAGAGGCUCUCGGGGGAUUGUGGGCAGAUGGAACGAGAAUUCCAAGCCGAAGUCGAAGCCCUCUCGAGAGCUCAACAUAGAAACCUGGUUUCACUUCAGGGUUAUUGUCAAUACGGAGACGACAGGCUGUUGAUCUACUCGUAUAUGGAGAACGGAAGCCUCGACUAUUGGCUACACGAGGCUGUUGAUGAAAAUUCUCUCCUAACUUGGGAAACUCGGCUCCAAAUAGCUCAAGGUUCUGCUCGAGGAUUGGCUUACUUACAUAAGGAACACAACAUUAUCCAUAGAGACGUUAAAACGAGCAACAUCCUUCUAGACGACAAGUUCGAAGCUCAUUUGGCGGAUUUUGGACUUGCUAGACUGGUUUGCCCUUAUGCCACCCAUGUGACGACAGAUUUAGUAGGGACAUUAGGGUACAUUCCACCUGAAUACGGUCAGGCACCAACGGCUACUUUCAGAGGAGAUGUUUACAGCUUCGGGGUGGUGGUGAUGGAGCUUGUGAGUGGGAGGCGGCCUGUGGAAGUUGGUAAGGGGAAGAACUGUCGGGAUUUGGUGUCAUGGGCGUUUCAGAUGAAGUUGGAUAAGAGGGAGGAGGAAGUGUUUGACAGUUCGAUAUGGACCAAGAACCGCGAUAAGAAGCAGAUUCUGGAAGUGUUUGGGAUUGCAUGUAAAUGUUUGGAUCGAGACCCGAAACGAAGGCCUACUAUCGAUCAAGUGGUUUCUUGGCUGGACGAGGUUUCCAGCUUGCAGAUUGAAGACUAAUUAGAUUAGUUCAUUUGGAGAAAAAAAAACUGUAACAUAUAUAAUAACAUUAUAGUGUCUUUGUUUCUUACA